CUCGGAGGAUAAGCGUCGUAAACAUUUGAUGUUUACUUUUCAGGGAGACGGAGGCUUUCGUUUCGUUUAGUCUAAAACCCCAUAAAAGAAGAAAGAAGUAGUUUGUUUCGUUUGAACCGCCAGAGAGCAGACAUCUAUCCCGUUAUGAAGCAGCAUAAAAUUCUUAUCAUCUGCUGGAUAUUGUAGAAUUUGACUACUGCUUAUGCAUUAGUAAUAAACUGAAGCCCUGCUGAUUUGCCACAAGGAUGGAGCCAACUCUCUUACAUCCCAACAUGCCUGCAGAUCUUAUCCCCAACAGAGAACUGAACAACACUUCAUCCUCUGUCAUGGUACCCGAGGAUGGGUAUUUGCCACCAGUACCUCUGACAGACAUGAAGAGAAUACAAAUUCUAGAAAAGAUGAGUGAGAAUUGUGAAUCUUUUCUGCCUCAUCAAGAGGGAUAUUUAAGAGUCCUUGACACUUAUGAGAAGGUCCUUGAAUUUAUCUUAGCGGAAGAAAAAUCUACAGGAAUGCAUUUCAUAGGUCACAGGAAGGAAGGGAUUUUUGACAGACUAGGGAAAGAUUUAAAGGCUUUUAUAGGAGAAGGACGGAAGCAUAUAAGAUACUGUGUCACUGGUGGAACAAAAGGAAGAGGUCAUGAUCCAAUUGCUGUGGAAUAUACUGGUGUCCCAUUUAUUGAAGCAGGAACAUAUGUUAUGGAGUGUCAUAUGGGCAAUGACAGUGGAUUGUGGAUCAAAAAGCGAUAUGCAAAAAGAAGGGAUAUGUUAGAAAAAGAAAAUAGUCAAUGUGUUGUGAAGAGACGAUCCAGGACACUAGAAUCAAAGAAGACAGGCUGUCCAGCUAAGGUCCACAUAAAAAGGAUUCUAAGACUGCCAGAAUUUAAGAUAAAGAAAAACACUGUAGCAGCAAAGGAAAAGAAUCGCUCAAAGAUCGUGAAAGCCCUGAAGAGUGAGUUGGAAAAUGUGCACUUUGAACAGGAGUACUACGUUCUCAUGCCAGGUUUGGAGUGCCAUCAGUACCACGCUGCUGAUGUAGUUGCUGGAGUGAUGGUAAGCAAAACAAAGGAUGGAGAAUUACACUUGAACCAAAUUAGAAACUAUCUUGAAAACAGGACAUACUUGUCUUCAGUUGCCCCGAAUGAGAAGAAAAGCAUCAGAACUGCUGCAAAGACUUUCAGUGUUGAAGGAUCGGUUAUGUACUAUAUUGGUGAAGAUGGCAAUGAAAAACAGGUUGUAUUGUACACACCUGUAGAGAAACAGAAAGCUUUUGAUGAAUUUCAUGUAUUACACAAGUCUGGAGAGCACUUAGACUGUACACAAACACUGCUGAUGAUAAAACAGAAAUAUUACUGGAUGAGUUUGUCUGAGGAUGUUGUUACAAUGAUGCAGAGAUGUCAUGUGUGUGAACUUAAGAAGGCCAGUUCUACUAAUCAUAGACAUAUUCCCAUAAAGAAAUACAAGAAAGCCAGCCACAGCAGGGAGUCAACCAGGGGAAAGCACAGAAAACAUGCAUUAGCAAGAAGUGCUGUGCAAGAACAAUACAGAAUGAGGGUCAAGGUUGAGAUACCCAGCACAGAGGAAGACAGUAAGAAUUGUUUUCAGCAUGACCUGAUUCCAGUGCAAAAGCAGCCUUUUUAUGAAUCAGAGGACAAAAAACACCUGAAUCUUAGAGCUAAGCAGCAUGGUUCUUUGCAAACUUUAUAUACAUUCCAAGAGGCUCUUCACUACAUUAGAGAAGAAGAGAAAGCCACUGGCAUGCAUUAUAUUGGUCAUCGAAAGGAAGGAGUCUUCGAUAAAGAUGGUCAUGACCUAAAGGCAUUUGUGAGAGAGGGAAGAAAACACAUCCGGUACUGCAUCACUUUAGGUACAAAGGGACGGGGAUAUGAUCCUGUCCCUGUAGAAUACUCAGGUGUUCCCUUCAUUGAGGCUGGUACUUAUGUCAUGGAGUGCCACCUAGGAAUGGAUACUGGAAUUUGGAACAAGAGGAGAUAUGCUGCUCGAAGGGAUAAGAUAGAGGAAGAAGAAAUUGCUAUUAUAAAAAGAAGAAAUAGAAUGUACGACACUAAGAAAAUGGGGUGUCCUGCUAAGGUACACAUUAAGAGAAUUCUGAGAUUGCCAGAUUUUAAGAUUUGGCAUAACACACCAGCUGAGAGAGAAAAAAAUCGCAAGAAGAUCAUAAGUGCUGUGAGAGGAGACAUAGAGGCAGUCAAUUUUGAGACAGAGUAUUAUGUUCUUAUGCCAGACCUUGAAUGCCACAAGUUCCAUACUGUUGAUGUUGUG